GCUCAUGAGCAGCGUGAAGAACAACGUGGGGAGGGGGCUCAACGUGGCGCUCGUUAACGGUGUGAGCGGGGAGCUCAUCGCCGCGCAGGCCUUCGACAUGUGGGCCGGAGACGUCAACGAGCUGCUCAAGUUCCUGCGGCCGCUGCACGAGGGGACCCUGGUGCUCGUGGCCUCCUACGACGACCCGGCCACCAAGCUCACGGAGGAGACGCGGCGGCUGUUCGCGGAGCUGGGCAGCGCCGUGGCGGCCGAGCUCGCCUUCCGCGACAGUUGGGUGUUCGUGGGCGCCAAGGGGGUGCGCGACAGGAGCCCCUUCGAGCAGCACGUGCGCAACAGCCGCGGCGCCAACAAGUACGAGGGGUGGCCGGCGGCGCUGCGCAUGGAGGGGUGCAUCCCGCGGCGCGGCGCCGAGCCCUGACGGCACCGCGACGGCGGCACCGCGACGGCGUCACCGCGACGGCACCGUGACGUCACCGCGACACCCCCACGAUGUCACCGCGGCGGCGCCGUGACAUUGGCAGGUCGCCGUGACAUCAGCGCGGCACCGCGACAUCACGCGGGGGUCCCUGUGAUGUCACCG